CCUACGGGGAGAACAUGGCGGGUACAAAAGUAUUAGAAAGGCCAGAACUCCCCUGCAAGGCACAAACAAACAAAUUAACUGAAGAAGAUCAUGGUGAGCAGCAGCAGCAGCGAUAUCGAGUUGAUCGAAGCCCAGGGUCGCAUCUGGGGCUACGCCUACACCUACAUUAUCAACAAGUGUUUGAAAUGUGCGAUCCAGCUCGGGAUCCCUGACGUCAUCCACCGUCACUCCCCGGGACCCACCUCCCUCCCCGCCCUGCUCUCCGCCCUCCAACUCCACCCAUCUAAGCACGACGCCGUCCGCCGCCUCCUCCGCCUCCUCGUCCACGCCGGCUUCUUCAAACUCGAAGACGAGUGUAAUAAUUACUCUCUCACCCCUGCCUCCGAGCUCCUCCUCCUCUUCCCCGACAAGGAAGGGGCCGAUCCGGCAACUAAACAACCGCCGGCCCAUCUGUUCCUCGGGCUCGACAACGGCGACGACGCAUUCGGCGUCUGGAGCUCUCUGAGCACGUGGUUCCGGCGCAGCGACGGGGCGGCGGCGGCGGAGGCUAUCCUGGGCAUGUCGUUUUGGGACGCCAUGGCGAGGGAACGGUGGGCGAUGCCGCAGUUUUACGACGCCAUGACCGGGGACUCCAAGUUGGUGGCGAGAGUGAUGGUGUCGGAGUACUGCAGAGACGUUUUCCGAGGAGUGGGGUCGCUGGUUGAUGUCGGCGGCGGCACCGGGAUCAUGUCCGCCGCCAUUGCCGGGGCUUACCCGAACAUCAGCUGCACCGUGUUUGAUCUGCCUGAGGUUGUUCCCGACUCCCGGGAGGCUCGAGCUAUCGGUCUUGCCAAUUUGGAAUUUGUUGGAGGGACGAUGUUCGAGAAAAUUCCACAUGGGGACGCAAUUCUCCUCAAGUGGGUCCUUCACAACUGGGACGACGAGAACUGUGUGAAGAUUUUGAAGAACUGCAGGGAGGCAGUGUCGUCGAGUGAUAAGAACAAUAAAGGAAAGGUGAUAUUGAUAGACAUGGUGGUCGACAUUGAUCAAAUUGUUGCCAACGACAAAGACUUUUCCCAAGUACAGCUCUGCUCCGAUUUGCUGAUGAUGUGCUUAGUCAACGGCAAAGAACGAACUGAAGCUGAAUUCAACAAUCUGUUCAUCACUGCUGGGUUUAGUGGCUACAAAAUCGUACGUGCACUUGGCCCAAGAUCGAUUAUCGAAGUCUAUCCAUGAUUGUUUGUUGUUCCUCCUUUACUUUGUUUUCCUUUGGGUGGAAAUGUUGUGUUGUGUCUGUUGUGUGAAGAUAGUCGUCCCUGUUCCUUAUUCACAACUUUGCAAUUCCCAUCUACCUUUCCUCUCUUGUAAUUAUUAGUCGACUACAAAUCUCAAAAGUUGCAUAGGACACCUUUGCGCGCUUUAGAUCUGGUGGCUACAUCGCGACAGUUUGUCUUUGAGAAGAAAAGGAUGAGGAAUCU